CGAAUAUGCAGCAAGAGAAGCAAGAAACCUUCCAACAGGCGAUUCGCAGACUGGCAGGAGUGAUUGACGCUAAUUCCCAGGCAAACCCAUAUUCACGGGGGACCAUAGAUGCAAGUGAUUUCAAGAAAGCCGAACGCCUGGUGUAUGGAGUGUCGCUUCAUGUUUCUCGAAGUGGCAGGACAAGCCACUGGCGCCUUUUCCUGCGUCUUGAAAGACCCAAAGAGGAGGCAUACAAGGAGCCAACCGACCCAGACCAAGCAGUAGACGACAACGUGAUGGCUGCUUUUUCAGAAUGGUUACAACAUUCAACUGACAAAUCUGUCGAGCUCAAUUCGAUUGGACGAAAAGUGAAUGGACGCACACUUUUUGUCAUCACCUCUCGUCCUUAUCCACAAUCCUCCACGGACGCCAGGAUCGGUUCGAUGUACUUCCCGUUCAAGCCAAUAGAUAUCACGGCAAAGGACGUUGUUGAUGCGCUGGUGGAGGCCAAAUUCGACUUGUACAAGCUCGAUGUAGUUUCUGGAAGUGGAUGCUUCUUUUGGUGCUGCGAGGUCCUCGACUUCUUCGCGAAGCAGCAAUGGCUUGAAAAAAACGAUGCCAGACAGCUUGCUGAGCGGUACAAGCUGUUGAUGGCAAAGAAAUAUCCAGAUUGUAUCAAGGAAGAGACGCCAGAAGGCGAGUUCUACCCUGUCGAGGGUCAAUCCUUUCUCCCUGAGGCUGACCCUGCUCGAGGAUAACUAUCGCUACCAAAUAAUAGAUCCUCAGACAUAGUAGCUUGAUCGAAGUCAAAUGAAGACUUACAAUGAAU